AUGGAUACUCGCUCAAUGCCGGCGGAUAGUUCAUCCCGCUCGGUCGAGAUUCAAGCUAUUCUCAUUACCUUCUCCAUUCUUUCCACGAUCACCGUCGCAUUGCGACUCUAUGUGCGAUACAAGGUUCUUCAUUCCCUCGGCUGGGAUGAUAGAGUUAUGGCUGCUGCCCAGGUCCUUACAAUUGCAGCUGCGGUGGCUAUUGGUCUAGAGAAUAAUUAUGGGCUUGGACAUCAUACUUGGGAACAGUCGAAGGAGAAUUACGUUGCUUACAUGAAGGCGUUUUAUGCUUCUGUCAUCGUGUACAAUGUCGCCAUGUGUCUCGUCAAGAUCGGCAUCCUUCUUCAAUACCGACGAGUCUUUGCCAUACCGAUCUUACAAGCGUUAACAUUCUACGGACUCGUCAUCAUGAUCGCAUGGACUAUCACGAUCGCUUUCCUCAAUACUCUCAUUUGUGUACCCGUCGCCAAGUUCUGGAACUCAACUCUAGAUGGACAUUGCAUCGAUCCUUUGACGGUCUGGUACGUCAUGGCUGGCUUCAACCUCGUCACAGACAUCACUGUAUUCUGUAUGCCGUUACCAGUCAUUGGAAGCUUGAACCUUCCCAAGAAACAAAAGAUUAUGCUGUUGGCUAUUUUCAGCAUUGGUUUCCUAACCUGCAUCAUCUCGAUUAUUCGCAUUCGAACACUAAAGACAGCUGCUUCAACUAAAGAUCCCAACUGGGAUAAUGUCGACGCCGCGAUAUGGUCAUUCCUCGAAGUCACCCUCGCUAUUAUUUCCUCAUGCCUACCUACUCUCCGACCACUAUUCUCCAAGAUCAUGCCCAGGCUCUUUGCAUCUUCAUUCGGCCGAAGUAGCAACCGUGUAUCACAGUACGGCUAUACUCGAACACGUAGCAGUCAAAAUCUGCGUAGUAUGUCUCGAAGGCGAACUCAAGACAUCAGCCAUGACUCAAUGGAAGAUACAUCCACCUUGCGAAAAGAUGAAGUACCUCUCCCAUCAAUCACCAAACACUACCGAACAUACCCUGGUGUUAGUGUCAGUAUUAAGGCUGAGCAGGGACAGAACGGUGAUGAGGCAGCGUCGCAGAGUCCAAUUGAGCCAAGCUCACCAAGUCGAGGCAUCAAAGCUACUACUGUCGUCACACAAGAAAUCGUGGUAGAGAGACGCCCAGACGAUGAAUGGAGCCACGGCAGACCAAGUGACAGCGAUGCAACUCUCCGAGAAUGA